AUGCCGCCCUCAUCGGGAUCCACUGAUGUCUUCUCUGGAUCAAGGAAAAGAGCAGCCGCGGCUUGCCAUGCUUGUCACGCUCGCAAAGUUCGCUGCAGCAUCUCACAAACUGGGAGUCCCUGCACGAACUGUGCCCUAGACAACGUCAACUGCCAAGCACGUUCUAGGCAGCCUCAAAGCGGUGCCCGAACACGGAGAGGCCAGAAUCUGCCGAGGGCGCAGAGUGACGCGGGGUCCAUCACCCUGGACGGGGCAAGCCACGAUGAGCCAGUCUACCGUCCAUUUACUGACCACUUCGGUCACCACUCACAAGCCCAGGAAUCUGACACGGCAGCCCCACAAGCUCAAGCAGCUUUAUCACCAGUGUAUGGUGACACUCAAGGCGUUGGUCUUAUUGCCGAUCUUUGCGAGCCCGAGCGUCCCGACAAAAGUGGUCAUUUUGUCGUCGCAGCCUUAAGCUCAAUGAAUAUUGAUUCUGAGACGCACGAAUACUUGGAAAAAAGAGGGUGCUUUGAUUUACCAGCCCUCGACAUCCAACAAUCACUCGUCCAGGCGUAUUUCCAUUACGUCCACCCCUUCUUGCCCGUCAUACAUGUUUCUUCAUUCCUCAAAACCUUUGAAAGCCCAGGACAGAAUGGGGUGUGCCUCCAUCUUCUCUGGAGCGUGUUUCUGGCAGCUGCAAAUUUUGCCGACGCGAUGACCGUGCAGUCAGCUGGUUAUGAAUCGCGAAAGGAUAUGAAACGGGCAAUGUUCUUACGUGCAAAGGCGUUGUACGACGCAAACCACGAACGGUCCAAGAUAGCCCUGAUUCAAGCGGUGCUGUUGAUGGGUUUCUGGUAUUCAGACACAGAAGACAGGCUUGGGCCAUGGCACUGGAACGGCAUUGCCAUCAGCCUUUGCCAGACUGUUGGGUUGCAUCGUGAACCUGAUGCAAGCCUUAACCACUCUCAGUAUCGUUCAUCCAUCGAUCGGGAUCUGUGGAAACAUCUAUGGUGGUGCUGCUUCUUCCGAGAAACGUGGUUAUCCGUUGGCAUGGGACGGCCAAUGCGUAUUGACUUGGCACACGCCGAUACACCCAAGCCAGAUGCAAAAGCCUCCGAGAGCUUGUAUUCUGAGCUAACAGAGUCCCAGCGUCGGCGGUAUAUCUCAGAGGAUCCUGAGAAUUUAUUUCUGUUGUGGGAUGAGUUGCUCUCCGUCACCAGCAUUUUGUCAAGAAUUCUUUCUGUCCAACACCUCGCCAAACGGACGCUUUCGACCCACUCGGACGUGAAUGAUCUGGAACGCGAGCUAAGAGGACAUCAUAAGCACCUGGAUUGCCUCAGAGCUAGAGCUACCGAUCCAGUUCUCACUCUUCACAUGCAUCAUUUCGAAUUGUUCUUUGAGUCUACACUCAUAACUCUAUUUCGUCCAUUUGUAUUACAGAGCCUUGGAAAUCAGCGCGCCGUCGCCCAUGACAAAGAAUCACAAAAUUGGUUGUUAAGCAUAGAAAGGAAAGCAACCGCCGCGGCCAUGAAUACGAACAACGUCCUCGGUGACAUGAUCAUGGCAGAUAUGAUCUGUCUCUCUCAGUCAUUAAUCUGCAUCGCUCUUGUACCGACGCUGCAAAUCCAUCUCCUGCAUUCUAUGUCACCGCGGAAGUUGGUUCAUCGCCUAGGCUGCCAUCGACUGGAUCUGUGUAUGAUGGUAGUACAGGAAAUCAAGGUCACAUACUUUGGCGCGGAGAUCUUGUCUCGGCUAUUUACAAGAGCUCGAGAGGUCAUAAAUGUUAGGCGCCGUGUUCUGGAAUCCCCCCCGCCUGCCGGAACAGAUGAAAGUGGCGUGGUUAUGCCAGAAGGCCGAGAGUAUCAUGAUAGAGAAACUGCCAGCUCAGCGUCGCCCAUGAUGUGGGCCUUCAACGCUGCCAGUAACUUUGGACUUGGGACAGGCGCAAGCAACGAAUAUGAAGAUGCAGAUGUCAACGCCAUCCUCAGCCAGUGCAUAUUUCCCGAUUUCGGAACAAUUCAGGCGAUGGGCCUAGCAGAAGCUUCACAACCAUGGAAUUAA